CGGUAUAAAAAUCAUGAAGACAUUAAAUAUAAUAGUAAUGGCACUCUUAACAUGCACUUCUGGUAUAUUAGAGAAUAACAAGACCCAGUUAUUGGUCGACUUCUUAAACUUGCGUCUAUGGCCGCCUAAUAUCGCUACACAUCUUUGCUGGUCCAAAGAGAGCUAUAUCCAACUAGCCAACAAGCUUCAACAGCUCAACGUGAGAUACCAACAUUUAAAGAUUGGUGGGUUUACGCAAGGUGAUCGAUUUUUUACUUUUGCCGUGGACAUGAGUUGCGAAUCAUUCACUGACCUCAUAACACAGGCUUUGCAAGCGGAACUUUUCACGUAUCCUAACGUGUGGAUCGUAUUCGGAAACACUAGCGAAUUGAAAGCCAGUAACUUUUACUUUCCGAUAAAUAGCCACGUGCUGGUCGCGACGUAUACGGAAAACGCGACGUUUGACAUAAAAAAUUUGUACAAAGUAAAUGUACAUUCUACGGCUUACAUCGAGCACACGGCGGCGCGGUGGUAUGGAGAAGGAAUUUUCGAUUUUAACGAGACGAUUUUGCCGAGAAACCGAAGCGACAUGAUGGGCACGCCCAUCAGGGUGUCUUACGUGUUCGAAAACAGCGAUAGUGUUAAUCAUUUAUUAGACCACAGGCACAAAGAGACCGACAAACUGUCGAAAAUCAAUUACGUUCUGCUGGAUCACUUGUGCGAUCUCUGGAACACGCCACAAGUGAAACUAAUCAGAAACGAAUGGGGUUUAGAAAAAGAUGCCGAUAACAAUUAUUACAAAGGCAUGCUCGGAGACUUGUAUACGGGGCGAGCUGACAUAGCGGGGACAGUAACCUUUACUCCUGCCGACAGAUUGAAACACUUCAGAUACCUAGUGUCGACGACGAAGGAAUUGCCGAUUAAGUUUGUGUUUAGGGCUCCGCCACUGGCAUAUUCCACGAACCUCUUCGCUUUGCCGUUCGAUAAGAACAUCUGGUAUUCGUGUGGUUUCGUUUGUGCCUUAGGUGCAGUCUUCAUAGGCGUUAUAAUGAUCUGGGAGAAUAAACGAAAGCUAUUUGAUGACUGCGAGGAGAACAAGCCGAAUAUUUGGGACGUCGUUAUGAUGCAGAUUGCUAUCGCGUGCCAAACGCAUUCUUUCUACCAACCGAAAAGCAUUUCUGGCAGAAUUGCCACAUUGACGAUCCUAUCGACGUUCACAUACGUCUACGUGGCGUUCUCUGCCAGAAUCGUGGACCUAUUGCCUACCACGUCCGAUAACAUAAAAAACAUCAGAGGAUUGUACGAAUCCAACAUGGACAUGGGUGUAAACGACAACGACUACAACAGGUUUUACUUUACGCACCGCCAAGACCGUACUGACGAGUACUGGCGCAAGCUUAUAUACGAGAAGAAGAUAUCUUCGAAAAAUUCCGACAGGCAGAACUUUAUCAAUGCCACGCGAGGUAUGAAAUUGGUCCAGACUUCAUACUUCGCGUUCCACGUCGAACUGAGCACCGCGAACAAUUUUAUCGAGAAAACUUUCACCGCGCAGGAAACAUGUUCCGUCAGAAUGACAGACACCAUCUUCAGAGGCGACAUACCUCACUUGUCGACUCCGAAAAACUCGACUUACGUCGAGAUUUUUCUCGUGGGCUUCAGGAGAUUAUUCGAGACCGGGAUCCAUAGCAGGGAGCACAGGCACUAUUUUACAGCUCCGCCCAAAUGCCAGGGGACGAGCAAGGUGUUUAUUAGCGUCGGUCUGGUCGAGUGCUACUUUCCGUUUAUGGUUUUCGUCGCGGGUGCGUGCUCGAGCGUGUUUGUUUUAUUUUUGGAAUACGUGGUUAGCCGGUAUUUGUUUAACACGUCGAAAGUCCUACCCAAAAAGCUACUAGCUAUUUUGGCGCAACGAAUCUUUAGCCGUUGGGAGAUCAUUUUCCCAGUGUUUCUGGUAUUCCCCGCCUAUGGCGAACCGACUUUCCUCGAUUUUCUUGUUGAGUUCAUCGAUGCCGACGGUGGAAAUUUAGCGGUAAACCUAUUCGAAUGUGGCAAGAGCGAUUCCGUUAAAAUGGCGAAGAAGUUCAUGUAUCACGGAUUCUUGACUGAUGCCGUUUUCAUAGACUCCGUGCAGGAAACCUUUCCUUUAAGACCCGGCAGACAGUUUUUCGUCAUAAAUCUUUCCUGUAACAAUUCUAUUAAUUUAUUAAACCAAAUGGUCCUCGAGCACGUGUUCGCUCUGCCUAAUCGCUGGCUGGCGUAUUAUAAAAGUGAGGACUACGUUCUUAGCUACGUUCUAAAAGCUUUGAAGAUACCGGUGAUGGUCGAUAGCGACUUCAGCUUGAUAGAGAUUCGCAGUGACGGCGCCGCGCGAGUGAAAAAAAUAUAUAAAAAACACAAAACGAGCGAUUCGUUCGAAGUUGAAGAGCACGGAGCCGGAACCAACGCUAUCGCCGUCGACUCUACAUUCAAGAGACGACAUUUGGACGUAACUUUGAACGCUUGCAUCGUUUUAACCCACAACAACUCGGUUAAUCAUUUAACCGACAAGAGGGAGAAGCAUAUCGACAGCAUAGCGAAAGUAAACUACGUGUUAGUUUUGGCGUUGGCGUCCAUCUACAACAUCACCCUCAAUUUUUCUGUGCAACCGACUUGGGGAUACAAAAACAACCAGUCAGAGUGGAACGGCAUGAUGGGAGAAUUGGUAAGGAAAGAAGCUGAUAUUGGAGGCACGUCGUUAUUUUUCACGAAAGAUCGGGUGGAUCUGAUAGACUACAUCGCAAUGGUCACACCGACAAAAUCGAAAUUUGUAUUCAGGCAACCGAAAUUGUCGUACGUGUCUAACGUAUACACGAUGCCUUUCGACAGAAGGGUAUGGCUGUGCAUCGCGUUCACUAUAAUUUUAAUCAUCGCGACGAUGUACGUGUUGGCUAAGUGGGAAUGGAAGAAGAAGAAAUACGUGGAGUUUCACGAUACGUCAAACAGCGCGGAACUGACAGACUCACUGACGGAAAUCGUGCUAGUCGCAUUUGGCGCCUUAUGUCAACAAGGGGCGUCUGCUUUGCCCUAUAGCGCCCCCGGCAGAAUAGCCACGAUAUGUUCAAUGAUUACGCUCAUGUUUAUUUACGUUUCUUAUUCAGCGAAUAUCGUCGCGCUGCUUCAAACCUCUUCCAACAGCAUAAGGACGUUAGAAGAUUUGCUGAAAUCGAGGCUACAGGUUGGAGUCGAUGAUACUGUGUUUAAUCAUUACUACUUUUCGACAGCGGACGAACCGAUAAGAAAAGCAAUUUACGAAAGAAAAGUGGCCCCUGCCGGUAAAAAUCCGAACUUCCUAACCAUCGAAGAGGGCGUGAAAAAAGUCAGGGACGGCUUAUUCGCGUUUCACAUGGAAACUGGCGCCGGUUACAAACUCGUCGGGGAAAUAUUCAUGGAACACGAAAAAUGCGGCCUGCAGGAAAUAUCCUACCUACAAGUCAUCGAUCCAUGGUUGGCGAUUCAAAAAAACUCGUCGUACAAGGAAAUGUUAAAAAUCGGCUUGAGGCUCCUGCAAGAGACCGGCAUCCAAGAGCGAGAAAAUAUCCUAAUUUAUACCAAAAAACCUGCGUGUACCUCGAAAAGCUCCACGUUUUUCAGCGUCGGGAUAGUGGACUGCUAUUUCGUCGCGACGGUAUUGGCGGUUGGAUUGAUAGCAUCCUCGGUUAUUCUUAUCUUCGAAAUUUUGGUACACGUUUGGAUUCAGUCUCACAAAAAAUAUUCCCAGGAGUUUGUCAACUGAAAUAUUUGAUUCAGCCCCCAGCAAUUUAAUAGUCAGUAUAAAGUUUAUGAAACGU